UUUCAUUUAAACUUUCAAGAUCCUCGGCGCCCGUAGUAACCAGCCUUCCUUCCCGUUCUCAGGAAUCCUUGCAGCUUCCCAACCGAGGAAAGUUUGUUUUCGAACUAAAAAGGAAGGAAAGGAGGAAGGGACCAGACGCCGGCGGCCGCCCGUUGGGAAAGCGCGUUUUCGUUUCCGCGGCCGGCGCGUCGUGGCCCUGCCCGGCCGCCGUAGCCGGCCUCGCGCGGCCUCAGUCGCUGAGAGAAGCCGCGGUCGGCGGGACUUCCGUGUUGGCGGGAUUCUGAACGCUGCCAUGGCUCAGACCGUGCAGAACGUUACAUUGUCGCUCACUCUGCCCAUCACAUGUCACAUCUGCUUGGGGAAGGUACGCCAACCUGUCAUAUGCAUCAACAACCAUGUAUUUUGUUCAGUUUGUAUCGACUUGUGGUUGAAGAAUAAUAGCCAAUGUCCAGCCUGCAGAGUCCCCAUCACUCCUGAAAAUCCUUGCAAAGAAAUUAUUGGAGGAACAAGUGAAAGUGAGCCUAUGCUAAGCCAUACAGUCAGGAAGCAUCUUCGGAAAACUAGACUUGAAUUACUCCACAAAGAAUAUGAGGAUGAAAUAGACUGUCUGCAGAAAGAGGUAGAUGAGCUUAAGAGUAAAAAUCUCAGCUUGGAAUCACAGAUCAAGACUAUCCUGGAUCCUUUAACCUUGAUGCAGGGCAACCAAAAUGAAGAUAAACUUCCAGUUGCAGAUACUCCAAGUAAAAUUGACCCAGAAACUGUAGCAGAGUGGAAGAAAAAGCUUAGAACAGCUAAUGAAAUCUAUGAAAAAGUAAAAGAUGAUGUCGAUAAGCUAAAAGAGGCAAAUAAAAAAUUGAAAUUGGAAAAUAGUGGCCUGGUGAGGGAGAAUUUACGACUGAAAGCUGAAGUUGAUAACAGAUCACCUCAGAAGUUUGGAAGGUUUACAGUGGCUGCUCUGCAGUCCAAAGUAGAGCAGUAUGAACGUGAAACCAAUCGUCUCAAGAAAGCACUGGAACGAAGUGAUAAAUAUAUAGAGGAACUGGAGUCUCAAAUUACACAGCUGAAGAAUUCAAGUGACGAGAAGGAAGCAAUGAAUGCCAUUUGUCAGAGAGCACUUUCUACAGACGGCAAGGGGAACAAAGGCACUGAGGAGGAUGUGGCAUCCAAGAACCAAGGUGAUAGUGCCAGGAAGCAGCUUGGCUCAGCCCCCUCCAGUUCUCAUCUGGCAAAACCUUCCAGCAGUUCUGCCAGGCAGGAAGGCAGCAGCAAAACAGAAGCAAACUGUUCUAAGAACCAAGACCUGUAUCAGAAGCGAGUGGAAACAAUGCUCACUGUGACAGACACAAGUAUGGAUACCUAUCUGGAAAGAGAAUGGGGAAAUAAGUCAAGUGAUUGUGUGCCCUACAAAGAUGAAGAACUCUAUGAUCUUCCAGCCUCCUGUACUCCUUUAUCCCUUAGUUGUCUUCAGCUUAAUACGCCAGAUAAUAGAGAGAGCUCUGUGGUCAAAGCAGGAGGGUCUAAAAAGCAGUCAAACCAUCUCAGAAAAUUGAUGUUUGAUGAUUUCUGUGAUUCUCCGAAUGUGUGUAAUAAAGAUUCUUCAGAAGAUGAUAGAAGUGAGAGUGAAAAGAAAUCAGAGUGUUUCACUUCCCCAAAGACAGGGUUUUGGGAUUGUUGUUCCACAAGCUAUGCCCCCAGCUUGGACUUUGAAAGCUCAGAGGAGAACACAAUAGCAAAUUGUGUUGGAGAAAUUUCUUCAAAAUUGAGUGAGAAACCAGGUUCAUGUUUAUCCAAGAGGUUGAAUUCUCUCCGCUCUUUUGAAAUGAAUCGGACAAGAACAUCCAGUGAAGCAUCAAUGGAUGCAGCUUACCUUGACAAAAUCUCGGAGCUGGAUUCAAUGAUGUCAGAGUCAGACAAUAGCAAGAGCCCCUGUAGUAACGGUUUUAAGUCGCUGGACUUGGAUGGGUUAUCAAAGUCAUCUCAGUGCACUGAAUUCCUUGAGGAAACAGAUAAGUUGGAAGAAAGAACUAAACCAAACCUUUCUAAAGGUUCUCUAACUACUGAUCAGUUAGAAAAUGGAAAUGAAUGGAAACCCAAUUCUUUUUUUCUCCUCUCUCCAUCUGACCAAGAAAUGAAUGAAGAUUUUUCACUCCAUUCCAGUUCAAACCCAGGAACCAAUGAAAUCAAACCACCAAGUUGUUUGUUUCAGACUGAGUUUUCCCAGGGUGUUUUGUUAAGCAGUACAAACCGGCUAUUUGAGGAUCAAAGGUUUGGUUCAUCUUUGUUUAAGAUGUCCUCAGAGAUGCCUGGUCUUCAUAACCACCUUCAGUCUCCUUGGUCUACUUCCUUUGUGCCUGAAAAGAGGAAUAAAAAUGUGAAUCAAUCAGCAAAAAGAAAAAUCCAGAGCAGCCUUUCCAAUGCCAGCCCAUCAAAAGCAACUAAAAGUUGACAAAUUAGAAAGAUGUCAUUUAUGUUUUUGUCCUGAGAGGAAUAUAAGGUUUUAAAGUUACUUUUUUUUCCCCUCAUGAAAGCUCUGUACAAUUUUGAAUUGAUAAUCUUUAGUCAGGUGUCAAGUCAGAAUGGUGAAUUAGCCUGUACCCUGGAUACUUUUGUUCAUUUUGAAGAGUUUAGUCUUUUCAUUUUCAUUUAGGGACCUUUUUUGACCAGAGAAGUUAGGGAGAGGGUUCCUUUUGUGUCUGGUUUGGGUAUAUUUUGUUUUCUUGAAUCUUGAUUUAUCUAUUCGGAUACAAUGACCUAUUAGUAAGCCUCAGUUAUCUUCAGAAUUUGGAUUUCUUAAAUAAAAGCUUUGGUGCAGUCUAUAUACUGUUCCUAAGACACUUUUCUUUAAAGCUUCCUAGGGUGGAAAUUACUUUUCCUGCCCCUUUUUAUUUAUGUUUAGUGAUAGUCUUAACUUUUAUUCAAGGCCACGAUGGAGAAACAGCACUCAAACCUUAGUCCAAUAUUCAUUGGCUCUUUUUUUAGAUUUUACAUAUAUGUUUGCAUUUUUAACAGUGUGUUUUGUCCAGUUUUUGUGAAAAUGUGUUGCUGGUAAGAGAGAAUACAUCUUCUGUAUGAAAAUAUUUGUUUUUUGUCCGGUAGCUUUCAUUCUUUUAUCUUUUUGUGUGUGUUAAAAGUCAGAAAUUUGCCUACUUUAGCAAGAAGGCAGGGAACAGUUGGGUUUGGAGAAGAUUAAACAUGGUAGCUUUUCAUUAUUUCAGAUAGACAGGUGCAAAAGCAUUCAUUGCCAAGUUCUUGAUCCACUUAUGUCCCAGGGGAGCUUUCUUUGGAGUGGUAAAGUCCUUGUUUGCAUGUUACUGUUCUUUAUGGAAACUCAGUAUGCAUGGUAGUGGUCUUGCUUGCACUGUUUUACUUACUUAAGAAAAAGAAGUUUCAGUUGGCUAAAAGAUUAUCUUUUAUGUAGGACAAAAAAAAAGAUUGUUUUUCAUGAAGAGUGUUGAGAGGAGGGUGAAAAUAGGUGAGCUAAGCACAAUUUUUAAUUUAGGUUCUUAAAAAGUAUAUUCUAAACAUGUUUGGUAUGCCCGUAUAGGCCUUUAAAAAUGGUUUGUAUGUUAAUGACUUGUUUAUCUAAUGUGCACUGAACAUUUUACAUUGAUACUGUACUGUUUUACAUUAAUACUGCAUGCUUUUCUAUGUGAACUGAAUAAAGGAUGUCAUAAACACUGUAA